AUGCAACUACAAGAUGACCGACAAACCUUCUUACUCCCUCGCCCAGUAUGGAUUAACGACACUGAUGUAACGCAAUGCACUCUUUGCAACUCGCCUUUCAAUGCUAUACGACGUAGGCACCAUUGCAGGCACUGUGGGAACAUCUAUUGCCAAGAGUGCUCAUCCAAGAGUGUACCUCUUCCGCAACUUGGGUAUGGCUCUCGACCUGUACGAGUAUGCAACGGAUGCUUCGAGGUGGCGUAUCUGGUGACAUAUGCGAUAGACGAUGAUCAUGGUUUAUCGACCCAGAUUCAUGGUGCUCGUGGUUUAUUGGAGUUGAUUGAGCGAGAUAAUGAAAAGGAUAUCCACAACAUUAUUGCGUACGGCGCCAUCGAUGCACUGAUAUGGCUAUGCAGGACAUCAUCAAGUAUUCAGUUACAUCAUUUGACCACUACGAUUCUGGCAAUCCUCGCUGAGAAAGAAUCGGUACGCCCUGUUAUUAUCACCAAAUGGGCUCUACCUCCAUUACUACAUUUGGUCGAGCACUAUAUUUACUAUGAUACCAAAGACACCAAGAAGCACCAUUCAUCACCAUCAUCAAUCCAUUCAGCAACUGGCUAUCAAGAAAACGAAGCCCAGGAGAAUAAUGAGGAUGAGGAGAACACCAUGCUUCAACAACAAGAGGUCGUACUAGAGAUCGUGAUCAAUUGUGCGCAUGUGCUAUAUCAGCUUGCUCGUGCUGGCAUUCUCAGCCAGACCAACAUUGUCGACGACGGCAUAUUUUUCACGCUUUUGACAUUGGCUGCUUAUGAACCAACCACUACUCCUACACCCAAUCAACAAGAUACCCAAAGCGUAGCAUCCAGCAGUGCCAGUCAUCACCAUCAUCAUCCGCAACGGCAGGACAAGGCAACAUCCAAUGGCAAUGAUAAUGAUGAAGAGGUGUCUUCUCCCCUACAACUCAAAGAACGAGGACAAAUCAUUCAGAGCUUAGCAGCAAAGGCGAUAUCGGCUAUCAGUGGUCAGGUGACGCAUCAACCGGCUAUUAUUGAACUUGUACGAGGAUCCGAUAAGUUUGCAAGCCUGAUACAAUCUACCAAUGAUGAUGUGCGGAAGUACUUUGCAAAAUCGAUUGCCUAUCUAUCUUUGAGAAAUGACAAAUACAAGCCUGCAUUAUUGGCUGGAGAUGUGGCUCGGGCGUUAGUAUCUGUCAUUGCUCUUUUACCGCAACAAGAUAACAGCAAGCAGCGAAAAGAAGAUUUGUCGUAUUACCUUUCGCGCAGUGUGGAUGGCAAGGAUGAUAUGGAGAAAUACGUUUCAAUGAAUCCGUCGGCUGUUUCUCAUAUAUGUUGUGCACUGGCCAACUUUGCAACUAACCAAGAGUCUCAAACGAAGCUUAUGUCGCAACCACGGCUGCUCAAGUAUAUCUGCAAUGUGCCAUCUACGUUCCCUGAACACGCCGAGGUGCAUCGACAUGUAGCACGUUGCUUAGCCAAUUUCGCGCUGUAUGAGGAAAACAAUGGAUUGAUGCUUGCAUAUGCAACCGAUGGUGAUUUGAAAGAUAAUGCAUACGACGUGUUACCUACGUUGCUUGCCAUGGGACAGAACGACACGGUGACUUCUGAUAUUCAACGACACAUUGUACGUGCCAUCGAUAAUUUGAGUGCAUUUGUUUCGGAUGCACGAGAGGACAAACCUAAUUGGGACGGGAUAUUCAGCGAUGCGUACUCCUUCAUCUUGCGUGUGCUGGUGGAUAGCAAAGAUGCUGAUACGUUGAAGCGUGCGAGGAGCAUCAAGGAAAAGGCAACUCGUGCGGGGAUUACGGGUGAACAACAGCAACAAAGCAGCGAUUCGACAUCAUCGACCACCAACAAACCCGCAACAGCAGCAGCAACAACAACAACAACAACUGAUGGCGGUGGUAGUGGAGGAGUCAACACAUCAUCAUCAUCAACCACUGGCAAAUCGAAAAAGUCGAAAAAGAAAAAAGGAAAGCAGGAUGGUGGGCAUCAGAACAACAAUGCAGCAUCUUCAAAGCAAGGCGUAGAAUAA